AUGGCUGAGAACUCAAGCAUCAAGUCUCACGUUGGUACAGCCGUUGGAGCUGGCGGAGCCGUUGUCGCCGCCCACGAGCUGAUCCGAAGUGUCGAGGACCGAGACGACCAUGAAGAGCGUAACGCGCAUCUUAUCAAAGCCGCCAUUGGAGCAGCCACGGCAGUCGGCGCUUACGAGCUAUUAAGGCGCGACAAAGGCGGAUUCUAUAAACAUCACCGUCGUGAAGAAACUACAACACACCACCAUUCUGGCGAGAGUGACAUAGUCACCCAACAGACCCAGAUGCAGUCAACCUCUACAGAUCUGAGUAGGAACCAGAUUGCGAUAUCGUCAACUCAGAGGCAGGAGACUGAUGCCUCGACGUACGACUCGGAUAGCGACUCUUCCCAACGACACAGCCACAGACAUAGAAGUUCUCACUCCCACUCCCACUCUAGAUCCCGCUCUAGGUCUCACAGCCAUUCCAAUGAAGGCGGCCAUACGCGCCGCAUGAUAGAGCAGGUUGCAGGUGCAUAUGCUUUGGGUCGGGAGUUACUAGGAGAUGACCACCAUCAUGUAGCUCAUCUCGUUGCAGAAGCAUUAGGAACUGUUGCAUUGGCUAGGGAGGCGAAGAAACACAUGGACCCUUGA